GCCGAGUAUUCGCUGGCAGCUGCUGCUGAUGUGGAGGAAGUAACGGGUUCUGCUCGGUAGCUGUGGCCGGGAAGGGAGCAGAUAAUUCCGGGUUCCUCGGGUGGAGUUGAUCGGUCCAUCACCGGAGCGUCGCUGCUUGAAAGAUCCGGGUUUUUGUUCUUCCACUUUUAGUUUUAACACCACGCAGGGUAGCUAGGCUAACGAAGCUAGCUCCGGGUAAGCUAGCUCAGCUGCAGACAUCCAGCAGCUGUGUGCGGGGAGAGGAGGCAGGUUCCCGGGGCUUCACACACCGAGGUGCCGGGUAGAUGAGUCCCUGGAUGUCUGGAGUGUAACACCCGCUCGUGUUUACUUUGCUGAGCUGCUCCCGAAAAGGUUUUUUACUGUCGACUAGAAGAUGAUCUAAAUCGAUGCUUGGACUUAACCCAGCGCAGAUCUAACAACUGCAGAGAUGAGUCAGCUCUGGCAGCGGGACAUACCCCUGUCCGAGAGGUUGGGGAAUGACUCUCCCGUCGGCCUCGCCCCGGGGUCGCCCGCCACUGUGGCCCCACAAGGAUCCAACUCCUCUUUGGUACCGGUGGCCCCAGUCGUCACACCAGAACAGACAUUUUUCCUCAUGACCGCCACUGCCCAAACUGUAUCAGGCUUUUUUGUUUGGACGGCUCUUCUCAUCACAUGUCAUCAGAUCUACAUGCACCUACGUUACUACAGCUCUCCAAAUGAACAGAGGCACAUCGUGAGAAUCCUGUUCAUUGUCCCCAUCUACGCCUUCGACUCCUGGCUCAGCCUUCUGUUCUUCACCAAUGAGGAGUACUACGUUUACUUUGACACGGUGCGAGACUGCUACGAAGCCUUUGUCAUCUACAACUUCCUGAGUCUGUGUUAUGAGUAUCUGGGAGGAGAGAGUGCCAUCAUGGCUGAGAUCAGAGGGAAACCUAUUGAGUCGAGCUGUAUGUAUGGGACCUGUUGUCUGUGGGGAAAGACCUACUCCAUCGGUUUCCUCAGGUUCUGCAAACAGGCCACUCUCCAGUUCUGUGUGGUGAAACCUCUGGUGGCGGUGAUCACUGUCAUUCUUCAAGCCUUUGGGAAAUACAAAGAUGGAGACUUCAAUGUGGCUAGCGGCUACCUGUAUGUGACCAUCAUCUACAACAUCUCCGUCAGCCUGUCGCUCUACGCUCUCUUCCUCUUCUACUUUGCCACACGUGAACUUCUGGUCCCGUACAACCCCGUGCUCAAGUUCUUCAUGGUCAAGUCUGUCAUCUUUCUUUCCUUUUGGCAAGGGAUGCUGCUGGCCAUCCUGGAGAAGUGCGGCGCCAUCCCUCAGAUCAACUCUGCCGACUUUUCAGUGGGCGAGGGAACGGUUGCUGCUGGUUACCAAAACUUCAUCAUCUGUAUCGAGAUGUUCUUUGCUGCUGUGGCUCUGCGCCAUGCCUUCACUUACAAAGUCUACAUGGAUAAAAGACUGGACUCAUAUGGUCGCUGUGCCCCAAUGAAGAGCAUCUCCAGCAGCCUGAAGGAAACCAUGAAUCCAGGCGACAUGGUACAGGACGCCAUCCACAACUUCUCUCCAGCUUAUCAACAGUACACCCAGCAGUCCACGCUGGAGCGAGGUGGGGGGCCAGCCCUCUCCCGCAGCCACAGUAACCUCAGCACCCGGGCGGAUAAUGAAAAGACCCUGCUGCUCAGCUCAGAUGACGAGUUUUAGAGCUCAAACACACACACUCAGAAAGUCACGAUACUCCUGUAGCCCCUGUUGAAUUGUUAGAAGGUGUGACAGACAGAUCUGAUCUUUUGUUUCAGCCUGAAUGUGGAAGAUUAGAUUCUGGUAUUUGUCUUUUCUUUAUCACAUUUUGAGAGAAAUGAAAGAUCAGAUUCAUGUUACACUUGUGAUUAGCAGACUCCAACAGGGGAAAGGGUGUUUUACAAGGAAUAGGAGGAAACAAGGGGAGAACGGGAGUUUGAAGAAAGACGAGUGUGUCGUUAUAAAGUAAAGGAGGAGAGAGGUGGGGAAUUUGUGUUUAUUUAUAUAGGCCCAAAACUGAUAGACAUACAGUAUCUCCAAUAAUCUGCUGAUUAUGGAUUAGUGCAAUUAACAAUGCCUGCUUAUGCUACACUUUAGACUUUAGAUGUCAAUAUAAGGUGUCUGCCAGACAAAGUGCCAUCCUCCUCUGAAACACACGGCCUCCUCCUUUCUUUAGUUUUUAUACUGUUUCUUAAACCAUACUCCUCCUCCCCCCUCUGCCAACUCUGCCUCUUACCGAAACAUUGCCAAAUAGGGAGAGCAGCCAGCCCCCUGUACUUCAGCCACUGAGACACAAUGUCUUAAGAUUCAGAAUUGAUUUAUAGUCAAGAUAACAAAGGAGCCUUGGAAUUGCAGUGCUUCGUUUUAAUAUAUAAAGCAAUUGAAACGCAAAAUUUUUUUUUAUUUAAAUGCUUUAUGACCUUGAUGAAGGUAAAACUCAUUUAAAGACGAGAGCGAUGGGAAACCUGUUGUGUGUGUAUAUAUACAUUAUGUGUAUGUCUGGAUUUCCUGUGGGUUCACAUGCACAAGCGAAUCUAAAUGGUUUUAGUGUAACUGCGGCUGUUGGCCCAGUGUGGCUCCUUGCUCAGUGUUAGUGUGUGUGGAACACGGAGUGAACAGCUGUGGCAGAGAUUUGAGCGUGGGCAUAGGGACUGACGGAAGGGCAACACCCACACAGAUUACAGAUUACUGAAGAAACAACACUACAGAGCCCGCCCAGCUGUGAUGUGCUGUGGAUUAUAUUCCCUAAUUAAUGGCAUUAGAGGCCGUGCAGAUCAGGCCUGCCUCUGCUGGUGCUGCUUAUAAUGGCAUCCCUGAUAUAGCAGCAGGAAGUGAGUCAGGACACUGGUCACAACAGACAGAUAAGGACAUGUAAAGGCAUUCAAUCUGAUUGAACUCACGUUUAAAAUGGGAACAUAUGGGCAUUACAAGUUGGAAAAUGCAAAAUGAUCUGCCUGUCUGAUAUUCUCUUGUUCUUUUUUCUUUUGGGAAAAGAGAAUAUGAACAGUUAUUUGUUUUGUAUCUGUCUUUAACUUAAAGACAAAAGAAACUGUAUUUGAAUUGAUGGUUUGUGCUGUUAUCAGAUUAUGUUUAAUGUGUUUUAGCACUGACUGGUGAUGAUGAGGUUGUGAGCGAGACUCCUUGAUCGCAGGACACUGGUGUAACAGGUGUAAUGGUGACGUAAUGUACGUUGGCGUUUUUUGUUUAUGUUGAAAGCAGAAUCCAAACAGAUUCUAUCGACUGCAGGUAAACACAAAGUACAACACAGCCCUCAUGAGUUAUGAAUGUAGUCAGACUAAACAAACUAACAGCCAUGCUCAUCCUCAACCGUGCACAAUCGUUUACUUUGGAGAAGAUUGUGUUUGAUUAAAAUGGAAAUAUAAUAAAAUGGUGGAACCCACCACCAGUGGGUCUCUGGCUGAGACGGCUGAGCCAUAAUCCUUCCAAACUCCUCCUAUACUCAGUAAUUAAUGCAUUCACUUUAUUCGUUGCUGAGCCUGCAGUUAAAUACGUCAGUUUAUUCUAUUUACUUAACAUUAACUUAAUGGUAUUGAAAAAAGUGACAUUCACUGCCUUAUGCUGUAACCUCUAGGGACCAAGUCUGUCCAACUCAAGCGUCUUUAUUCAAAACACUAUCAGAUGAUAGUUUUGAUACUCUGUGAUUUUAAAGCUGGAUGUUAAAAGCUGAAUAUAUUAAACCAGGAGUUUUAUUCCAGAAUGGAAAGAAUGUUGUAAAUAUAGUUUAACUAGGCACUGCGGAACAUUCAUGAUGACUGAGAUGACAUUGCCUGGUAUAGUGCUUUGUUUUCAUAUUUUUUUUGUGUUUUCAUAUUUUAAGUUUUUCAUAUAUUCUGUUUUAUUUCUGUUGUGUACUUUUUCAUUUGUAUAUUGGUAACGUUUUCUUGUGUUUUGAUGCUCUAUCGCUUUCUGUUGGUGUUGACAAGGAAAUAAAAGACAAAUGGAAACAAGA